CANGAACCCACUACCAUUGAUCUCUCAGGUGUCCAACCAUAUACGGCUCGCUUUGACUUGCAGAACACUGUACCAAUUGCUUACAGACCGUGGCACAACGGUCCGUAUCAUGUCACAAUGGGCAUCAAGCGCACUGCCAUUCAAGACUGGAUCGAAAUCGACAACACAUAUCUGGAGAAGAUGGCUUUGAAAAGGGAGCUGUUCGAGAAGCAAAGAGAUGUCGUAACACAAGUCCUACCGGGGUGUGAAGAAGCGGCAUUCGAGGGUCUAUAUCUGCUUGCUGAUUACCUUCCGCGUCGAUAUCCCACUAUNUUUCAGUGGACUGAGAAGCAAACACUCGAAAACUUGGUGACCAAAGAGACAUGGGACUUGGGCAANAAUGCUCCAACAUGGAACCGCUAUCAUCCACUUGAAGUUAUGUCAUUGCUUGCGCCAGAAGACUUCGUGAUCGUGCAAACGGAUUCUGCAACAGGCGUGUCAUCGUUGAAGGCCGGAGCNAGUCUGCUUUCCAGGCAAGUCCAUCCCCAAAAGAACCUAACAAUAUCUGAUUUAAGGGCAGCCGGAUGGAGAAUGAAAGAUCGGAUAGGCCACAGUUUGUGGCAGAUCCAUGCAGGCAAGGUGCCUCAAUACGAAACCAAGUUGGCCAAAUCAAUGGAUCGUUUCUUCAUGCGUGUGCAAGUUGGCUGCGCGAUCACAAGGUUCAACUACGCGAUCGACGACUCAGAUGAGCUCUUCCACCCACACUCACACCACAAUCUGGACGUGGACAANAAAGUACACCUGAAGGACUUACAUCUUCGGNNAGUAGAAAGACAGUUCCUCCAACGUCUGCCCAGAUCAAGAGCUUUGCUCUUCUCUAUCCGGACAUACAUCACACCCAUCACCGAGGUGACAAAAGACAAAGAAGUUGCAGCUGCUCUGCGGACUAGUGUUGGAAGCUUCACAGAGGAUGUGGCUGGUUACAAGAACAAGGCACUGUGGAACUCGGUGUUGCGUGAUCAUCUCGAGCAGAUCUUGGAGGCUGGAGGAGUGUCUUGA